GGCGGAAGCGGAGUCCCGUUGCUUGUGACUGCAAAGCAGGGGCGGCCAUCAAUCCGGGGGAAAAGCUGGAGCCGUGUUUCUGGGUUUCUGAACUGAAUCGAGCCCACAAACUCAGUAACAACACAUAAUAAGCGGUCACUUAACUGGAGCCAUGGAGUCGCAUGGCAAAGACGAACCCAAGGGACCCGUAUUGCAUAUCGUGGUGGUCGGAUUUCAUCACAAGAAGGGCUGUCAGGUGGAGUUCUCGUACCCGCCCCUCCUCCCGGAGGAGAGUCACGACAGCAGCUCCCUACCAGAGGAGUGGAAGUACCUGCCCUUUCUGGCGCUGCCGGAUGGAGCUCACAACUACCAAGAGGACACCGUCUACUUUCACCUCCCACCCCUGCAUGGAGACAUGAAGUGCGUUUAUGGGGUUUCCUGCUACCGGCAGAUAGAGGCCAAGGCGCUGAAGGUUCGUCAGGCUGACGUCACCAGGGAGACGGUGCAGAAAAGCGUUUGCGUGCUCAGCCGAGUGCCCCUGUACGGCCUGCUCCAGGCAAAAUUACAACUCAUCACACAUGCCUACUUCGAAGAAAAAGAUUUUUCCCAGAUAUCUAUUCUGAAGGAGCUGUACGAACACAUGAACGGGUCCCUCAAAGGGACAGCCCUGGAGGGUUCACAAGUUUACCUGGGCCUGUCCCCAAGAGAUUUAAUACUGCACUUUCGCCACAAGGUCCUUAUACUUUUCAAACUCAUCCUGCUCGAGAAGAAGGUUCUGUUUUACGUGUCUCCAGUCCACAGGCUAGUAGGAGCACUCAUGACGGUCUUGUCACUUUUUCCCGGAAUGAUUGAGCACGGCCUGGCCGACUCCUCUCACUACCGGCCCAAGAGCAGCGUGUCCGAGGACAUAGGCCUGCACGUGGGCGUCCCCGGCUCAGAGGAGUUCGUCUCCGUCUCCGUCACUGACGUCGCUGACGCCACCCGGGAGCUGGAGGGCCAGGAGGGGGAAGGCCAGGAGGAGAAGCCCGCCGGAGGCUCCGCCCCACCCCUGACGACGGGGGACAACCACCACCUGAAGCCGCCGUCGCGCACGUCACCAGAGUCGUCGGAGAGCGACUGGGAGACGCUGGACCCCAGUGUGCUGGAUGAGGGGAACCACAGGGACGGCGAGCAGAAGGAGCAGGCAGCGGAGCUCCCUGAGGCCUUCGAACCCGAGCCGGCUCCGCCCAUCACCGUGCAGCCACAGUCCACCAGCGGGCAGACGGUCCUCACCCCGGGGCUGGUGUCCGGCCUGGAGGAGGACCAGUACGGACAGCCCCUGGCCAUCUUCACCAAGGGUUACCUCUGCCUGCCUUACAUGGCUCUGCAACAGCACCACCUGCUGUCCGACGUGACCGUGCGGGGCUUUGUCGCCGGGGCGACCAACAUCCUGUUCCGCCAGCAGAGGCACCUGAGUGAUGCGGUGGUGGAGGUGGAGGAGGCUCGUAUCCAGAUCCAGGACCCGGAGCUGCGGAAGCUGCUGAGCCUGACCACGGCGGAUCUGCGCUUUGCUGACUACCUGGUCAAGCACGUGACGGAGAACCGCGAGGACGUCUUCCUGGACGGGACGGGCUGGGAGGGCGGGGACGAGUGGAUCCGGGCACAGUUCGGGCUCUACCUCCACUCCCUGCUCUCCACCACCUUACAGCAAGAUAACGAGAAGCUGCUGGCUGACUAUGGAGUCCCCUUCAUCUCUGCCUGGAGGAUCACACACAACUACAGGGUGUGGCACAGCAACAAGCACCCAGCCAUGUCAGAGGUCACCCCAGGUCAUCCAUUCCAAGGACAGUACAGCGUUGCUGACGUAAAACUAAGGUUCUCACACUCGGUGCAGAACAGCGAGAGGGGGAAGAAGCUGGGGAACGCGGUCAUGACCACUAGCCGGAGCGUCGUCCAGACGGGGAAGGCAGUAGGCCAGUCAGUGGGCGGAGCUCUGACCAGCGCCAAGUCGGCCAUGUCCUCCUGGUUCUCCACGCUGGCGCAGCCCACCGCUGUGGCCGGCCCGGCGUGCCCCGAGCACCCUGCGGCCAAACCGUGACCGCCACCCCUCCCUGCCCUCCCAGCCAACCACCCGCUCCUCCUCAUUCUCUUCCCCCGGCUGCUGCUGGAGUCUCCCCUGUCAGCUGACCC